AGUUGAGGUCUGGCGGGAGAAUUGCCAAAAACACAAGGAUGUGGGAUACAUUCUCAGCUCAGACCAGAGAGUAGCUCAUUCUACUUCUGCCCCCACUGCUGUCUUCAUUGCCAAAGCGGCAUAGUUCGUGCCUCCCACGUGGAGAACCUCUUUGAUGGCUUCUCUGAGGAGAGUGAAAGUCUUGCUGGUCUUAAACCUGAUUGCCGUCGCAGGCUUUGUCCUUUUCCUGGCCAAGUGCAGGCCCAUCGCGGUGAAGAAUGGGGACUCCUUCCAUGAAAUACACCCCAGGGCAGAAGUGGCCAAUUUGACAGCCCACGCAAUUAACCCCAUCCAGGACGCCGUUUUGAAAAGGCUGUCGCUUCUUGAAGACAUUGUCUAUCGACAGCUCAAUGGACUGUCCAAAUCCUUGGGGCUGAUCGAAGGCUAUGGUGGCCGUGGCAAAGGUGGGUUGCCUGCCACCCUUUCCCCAGAGGAAGACGAGAAGGCCAAGGGACCACAUGAGAAGUAUGGCUACAAUUCCUACCUCAGUGAGAAAAUAUCUCUGGACCGCACCAUACCAGAUUAUCGCCCCACUAAGUGUAAAGAACUGAAGUAUCCCAAGGAUCUCCCACAUCUUUCUGUUAUUUUUAUCUUUGUGAACGAGGCCUUGUCGGUCAUCCUGCGUUCAGUACACAGUGCGGUGAACCAUACUCCUGCUCACCUCUUGAAGGAGAUAAUUCUUGUAGAUGACAAUAGCGAUGAAGAGGAGUUGAAGGCACCACUAGAGGAGUACGUCAACAAGCGGUACCCUGGCCUUGUGAAGGUAGUACGCAACCAGAAAAGGGAAGGCCUGAUCCGAGCUCGCAUUGAAGGCUGGAAAGUUGCAUCAGGACAGAUCACCGGCUUCUUUGAUGCCCAUGUGGAGUUCACAGCAGGCUGGGCGGAACCAGUUCUCUCACGAAUCCAAGAAAACCGGAAGAGGGUCAUCCUCCCUUCUAUCGACAAUAUCAAGCAAGAUACAUUUGAGGUUCAGCGCUACGAAAACUCGGCCCACGGGUACAGUUGGGAGCUCUGGUGCAUGUACAUUAGCCCACCAAAGGAUUGGUGGGACGCCGGGGACCCGUCAUUACCAAUCAGGACUCCAGCGAUGAUUGGGUGCUCCUUUGUGGUGAAUCGGAAGUUCUUUGGAGAAAUUGGCCUUCUUGAUCCAGGAAUGGAUGUUUAUGGUGGGGAGAACAUAGAACUUGGAAUUAAGGUGUGGCUGUGUGGUGGUAGCAUGGAAGUCCUUCCCUGUUCCCGAGUUGCCCACAUUGAGCGUAAGAAGAAGCCUUACAACAACAACAUUGGCUUCUACACGAAGAGGAAUGCGUUGCGGGUGGCUGAGGUGUGGAUGGACGACUACAAGUCUCACGUGUACAUCGCAUGGAACCUUCCGCUGGAGAACCCAGGGAUCCAUAUUGGGGAUGUUUCAGAACGGAAAGCACUCAGAAAAAAAUUGAAGUGUAAAAACUUCCAAUGGUACCUGGAUCACGUCUACCCAGAAAUGAGAAAAUAUAAUAACACCAUUGCCUACGGAGAGCUGCGCAACAACAAAGUGAAAGAUGUCUGCCUUGAUCAAGGACCACAGGAGAACCACACAGCAAUCCUGUAUCCAUGCCACGGCUGGGGGCCCCAGCUUGCUCGCUACACCAAAGAAGGAUUUCUUCAUUUGGGGGCUCUUGGGACCACAAUACUCUUGCCGGAUACCCGCUGCAUGGUAGAUAAUAUGAAAAGCAGAUUCCCUCAACUCCUGGAGUGCGAGAAAGUCAAGAGCAGUCUCCAUAAGCGCUGGAAUUUCAUCCAGAAUGGUGCAAUUCUAAAUAAAGGGACGGGACGUUGCUUGGAAGUGGAGAAUAAAGGUGUGUCAGGUAUGGAUCUUAUUCUUCGUAGCUGCACAGGACAAAGGUGGACAAUUAAAAAUUUUAUCAAGUAGAAGCAUCCUUCAUCCUUUGCUCAAUAAUCAGACUGAGAUCUCACAAGGGUAAACAUUUUUCAACAAACUCUCUGUUCAUAAUUAAAGGAAGAAAAGAUUUAUUUUAUUUUUUGAUUUUAUUUAUUGAAGCUCGGUUUUGU